GGGAGAGGAAGACCUGCCACCAUUGGGAGAUCAGUUUGGGGGAGACUGCCGAUGCAGGAUGCUGAGGGAAAAGGGGAGCACUAAGACCCAGGGGUAGUGGAGGACUGCAGCAACGAGCUGGAAGAGGAGAAAAAUGGCCAGCCAAUCCCAGGGUAUCCAGCAACUCCUGCAAGCAGAGAAACGAGCGGCUGAGAAGGUGGCAGACGCCAGAAAGAGAAAGGCCAGGCGUCUGAAGCAGGCAAAGGAGGAGGCACAGAUGGAAGUGGAACAAUACCGACGAGAGCGAGAGCAGGAAUUCCAGAGCAAGCAGCAGGCGGCCAUGGGAUCCCAGGGGAACCUGUCCGCCGAAGUGGAGCAGGCUACAAGGCGCCAGGUGCAGGUCAUGCAGAGCUCCCAGCAGAAAAACCGUGAACGUGUCCUGGCCCAGCUUCUUGGCAUGGUCUUCGAUGUCAGGCCCCAGGUCCACUCCAACUACAGGAUUGCUGCCUAAGACAAAUCCUGGGGCCUGUCUUUCCUGCUGGUUCCCUCCCUCAAAGAAAUCCCCAAAUCAGAAUCACCUUCCACCCUAAUCCUACUCUCCAUUUCCUAGAAAUUCUAGGAGGCAGGACCCAAUAACUCUGUGAAAUAUAGGUGUCCUGCUCAGACCUGAAUCUCAUUGUUUUUUUUCCAUUUUAUUUUAAUUGUUGUUCAAGUACAGUUUUCUGUCUUUUACUCCCAUUCCAGCCCACCCCCCCAACCCUCCCCACCUCCCUCCCAUUUCCAUCCCACCCUAGUUUUUGUCCAUGUGUCCUUUAUACUUGUUCCUGUACCCUUAUUGUUCUUUAACCUUCACUGGGACCUUGUAAACUCCCAAGUCAGCCUCACCCAUCCCCUCUGUGAAAUUUGUAGAAUGGAGAAGUAGGAAUGUAGGAAACAGCCUGACUCCAGAGCCUUGUAGGCUUGGGUCCCUCUUCUGACCCUGCUACUUGUUGGCUGCUUAACCAGGGCAAGUUACUUAACCUGUAGCUUCACUGUCCUCCUCUGCUACACUGGAACAAUAAUGCUUACCUUCCAGGGUUGCUGCAAUGAUUAGGAAUCAUUCCAUAAAGACCCUAGCAUGGUUUCUGGCACGUAGUAGGUGUGAUUCAAUUAAUGGCAAUCCUGUGAUAUUAUUACCACCCUGUCCACCUGCCAAAACCUAAACACAACUGUUUUCUCAUUCUGUGGCUCUCUAAUUUUACUCAUGUAUUCUGUGACCCAGUAAUUCUCUGAAGAAUUGGCUCUUCCCACCUUUCUUUGUUCCCAGAGAACUUAUGAUCCCUAAAAAGGUGAAAUGAUUUUAUUUAGCCCCUCUACUGUAGUUCCAGAAAGAUGAGGCAUUUCAUAGGCACUCUUUUGUCUCUCUUAAGUUGGUCUUUCUCUUUAUUGGAUUUCUCCCUUUUCUUAUUCCCCCGAAGACCCAUCAAACAGUCACUGCUCCCUGAGAUCUGGGGAUACAGUGAUGCUAUGUCCCCAUGUAUGCAUGGACUUCCUUUGUAACAAUAAAAACUGUCAAUAAAAUGACUA